AUGCGUUCGAUGAUCCCGCCGCUGGUCGACCAGCUGGUCCGCGGCUUGUCUUCCGAGGCCAAGGUUGGUGCUCUGAAGGGAACAGGAGCUGGUAAGUGAGGGAAACGGGGAGUGCUUGACAUUAUACUUGUUGAGAGAACACGCAGAACGUACUUUUCGGGUCGAUGGAAAAUUUGGUCGAGAAGUUUUGCUUUGACAUUUCGUCCAAUGUUGUGACACUUUGUCAUAAUUAAAAAAUAGAUUACUGAACUCGUAUUUUAGUUUGUAUUAGCAUUAAUUGAGCUUUUUGAGGAAGAAAGAGGGCUUCGGAUUGUAAACAAUAUUGUUCAAAACUGACUUUCGCUAUUUUUAACCUUAUUUUAGCCUAAAGUAAUAUAAAUAUUUUUUUGGUUAUUGUAAAUCAGGUUCUCGCUAAAUCUUUAUUUAUUUCAGGGCAAGAGCGUACCACGUUCGUUCAGAAUCUCUUCUCCGCUAGCUAUCGAGUGUUUGCGGAGCUUGAGAAGCGCAUAAUUACACCUCCAAGCCAGGAUCCGCUGACCCGUUUGACGGCCCAAGAAGCGGCCAAACAGAUCCGCGAAGGGAAGCUGACCUCCUUCGAGUAUGUGAAGACGUACAUCGAGAGGAUCCGCGAUGCCGAUCGUUACAUCAACGCCGUCUCCGAACUCUACGAAUACGAAGCGUUGGAGCAGGCCAAGGAGGUGGACAAGUAUUUGAAGGAGUUGGAUAGAAACUCGGAGGCGUUCCAGAACUUGGCUGCGAACAAACCUCUGCUUGGAAUCCCGGUUUCGGUGAAGCAUUCGUUCGAUGUGAAGGGAUGGAGAAACAUCUGUGGAUUGCCUCAUUUGAGGCAGAAUCCACCUGCUGCCGAGGAUGCUGGUGUCAUCAAAAAGUAUGUUUUUGUGGUAUUGAAAGCAGUCUUAUCAUUUAGGUUUCAAUUUUCUCGAUUUUUUUACUAGUCUUUUAAAAUCUAGUAAAAAAAAGAACAAAAAAAUGUCUGCCUAGUAUAAUAUAAAAUUUUCCCGAUUUUCAGAGUCCGUGAAGCCGGUGGAAUCCCAUUAUGCUACACUAAUGUGCCAGAGGCCUGUUUCUGGGCUGAGACGUCCAAUAAAGUUUACGGGACUACUUGUUCUCCCUACGACGACAGAACAACUCCUGGAGGUUCGUCUGGUGGAGAAGGUGCUUUGUUGGCAGCCGAAGGCUCGAUCCUUGGAAUUGGCUCGGAUUUUGGCGGAUCGUUGCGGAACCCGGCCUUUAUGAAUGGGAUCUUUUCGUUCAAGCCGGUGGGAACGGACAUUCCAAUUGAGGGCCAUUUCCCUUACAAUGACACGGAGGAAUUCAAAACUGUCGCCGUUGCUGGCCCAAUGACAAGAUAUGCCAAGGACAUGGCCUUGUUCUUCAGCGUAAGUGGCUUUAAGAUUAUUUUUGCUCUGUUUUUAGGUCAACACUUUUUCAUAUGUCAAGUGUAAUAAAAGCAAAUCUGAUUCCAGGCCUUGUCCGGCAAGAAGAUUCCCGACAAUUACGCCAGCUUGAAACCAACAAAGGUCCUGCAUACACUCGAUUCUUCCGAAGGAGCUACUCCGUUGAGUCCAGUCGUAAAAAACGCUGUUCAUACUGUAGCCAACGCCCUUGCUGAAGGAUUCUCGAUCAAGAAUGAGGCCUUUGAACUGCAGCCAUUUCAAAGAAUGGUGGAGUGUCUGGUCAAUGAGCUGGUCCAUCCUUAUCCACACGAUGGGGGAUUGAUCAAAGCGGCUUUUCCUGUAAGUUAGAAAGCCUUGAAGGGAUAUUGGUCUAGUAUAAUAUCAACAAGAAUUUUCUGAAGCUGAGCUGAAAUUUGUUUUAUUUUAGGACGCAGACAAGUCCAACUUCCUCUCAGAGAUGUAUAAAUGCAUUCUGGGCUUUGGGAAGAUCAAUCCCGGCACCUGUUUGGCCAUCAAGACCUUCAGCGAGCCCAAAUCCGAAGCUGAACAUCACCGAAUGCAUGACGAAUUGCUCGGAUAUCGCCAGUGGAUCGAUUCGGAAUUGAAGCAGAAUGUGGUCCUUGUGGCUCCUCCUCUCCCACAAAACCAUUACUUCCAUCAUGUGCACAAAAUCAGCGGGUUCUCGGACUGGCAUUCCACGGCCAUUUUCAAUGGCCUGGCUGUCCCGGUGGCUUGCGCUCCAAUUGGAUUGGACUCGAACGGCUACCCAAUGAGUGUUCAAUUGGUCAGUGCCAGAGGAAAUGAAUUUUUGUUGAUGAGAAUGCAGGAGUUUUUGGAAGAAAAGUUUGGAGGGUGGCAACCCCCGAGGAAGUUUGAUUAG